UGUUGUGGUACCGUCCAGAAAGCUCGGAUAAGCUCAUCGGGGAGUUCCUUGGCACCGGACGCGUUGUCAGUUACUGAAACCUGCUGACGGAUAUUUAUCAAUGACCACCGUGAAACGUGUCUGAAGGCAGCCGCUCGGGUCUGUGUCGAUGUGGGGCGACGUAGGGCAGCCUAACCUCGGUGCUGUCGAAACAAAAUGAUCAAAAACUGGGGUCUUAUUGGCGGGAUAGCUGCUGCACUUGCAGCCGGAGUUUACGUUUUGUGGGGACCAAUCACAGAGAGAAAGAAGAAGAAGAGAGGUAUGGUUCCCGGUCUGUUGAACUUAGGCAACACGUGCUUCCUGAACUCUUUGCUUCAGGGUUUGGCAGCUUGUCCGUCCUUCAUUGGGUGGCUGGAGAAGUUUUCAGCUUCGCCCAUGGUCCAGUCAUGUAAAGACAACCAGCUGUCCAGGACACUGCUUCAGCUUCUCAAAGCUCUGUCCAGUGAUGAGCCCGGGGAGGAAGACGUACUCGAUGCCGGAUCCCUUCUGGAUGUUCUCAGACUGUACCGGUGGCAUAUCAGUUCAUUUGAAGAGCAGGAUGCACAUGAACUUUUUCAUGUCCUCACAUCUUCUCUGGAGGAGGAGCGGGACCAUCAACCCAAAGUGACUCAUUUGUUUGACAUGCAGUCUCUCGAGAGCCUGCCUGAUCAAGAUGAGAAAACUAUGACCUGUAGGAGUCGAGCCCCUCUUCAUCCUAUACCAAGUCCUUGGAAGUUUCAGCAUCCGUUCCACGGUCGUCUAACAAGCAACAUGUCCUGCAAGCGCUGCGAACAACAAAGUCCAGUGCGGUAUGACUCAUUUGAGAGCCUCUCCCUGUCCAUUCCUUUACCUCAGUGGGGUCGACCUAUGUCUCUAGAUCAGUGUCUUCAGCAUUUCAUCUCUUCAGAAACCAUCAAAGAAGUGGAGUGUGAAAACUGCACCAAGCUUCAACAGGUGACCACAGUGAACGGACCAGUUCUGGAAAGUCAGAGGACAACAUUUGUUAAACAGUUAAAACUGGGAAAGCUCCCUCAGUGCCUCUGCAUCCAUUUACAAAGACUGACGUGGUCCAAUGAAGGAACCCCCAUCAAAAGACAAGAGCACGUGCAGUUCACAGAGUAUCUAUCGAUGGACCGAUACAAACACAAUGCUUCCACACUGAGAGGUCAGCGGGUCAAAUGUGCACCGGCUCCAAUCAGGACAGAAAAUUCAGAUGAUUCCACAGAAAAGCCGACAGCUAACGGCACCGAAGCAGAGCAUCGCAACAACAACAACAAACCUUUUUCCAAUGGGACCUGUUCGUCUGUGUUUCUUCACUCUCCUGGUGUGAACCCACAGCUCGGCCUCACGUAUGACUUCAGUUCUACAGAGUACCUUUUCCAACUCACGGCUGUGCUGGUUCAUCACGGUGACAUGCACUCAGGACAUUUCGUCACGUACCGCCGCAGCCCUUCCUCAACCCGCAGCGCUUCACUCUUCAGCUCUCAGUGGCUUUGGGUGUCAGACGACUCGGUACGAAAAGCCAGCCUGCACGAGGUGCUGUCUUCCAACGCUUACAUGCUUUUCUACGAGAGAGUCAGAAGACCGAACUUCAGUCUACGCUCGUCAGAGGAGUAACCAGGAGCUUACAGCCUCACAAGCCUGAUUGACUUCUGCCUUUUUCCUGUCAGGCAGCUGUAUGUGCCAGUUACAACGUGGUUACCAACAGGUGGAUUAAUGACUUUGUGACAAUGAGACCAGAGAGAUAUUGUAGAGAAAACAUGGCAUCCUGGAUCAUGUUGAAGGUCGUCGUGUAGGAGGCUCUCAAUCCAAAGAUUAAGGACCUGCAGGAUUUUUAGUCAAACAUCUUACUUUUCUUUGACACGUGUAACAAUUUCUGUCAUGUAACAUUUUGGCUUCUUUUGGACUUCCGGCAAAACAGGAACACCUGACGACAUAGUGCACUCAAGAUGAAAGACAAAACGUUUAUAUGUGAAGCAGUUUUACUGAAGUCUGGCAUUUUUAACAACCCUGUAGUGUUCAAUUUGAAUGCAGUAUACUCGAAGCUGUUCCUGUUAUUUUGUCCUCUGCCUGUACGUUACAGACACAGACAGAAGUAGCUGAUUAGUAAUUCAUGGAGCUCUUACUUAGAGGUUGUCAAAUAGGUCGAAUUUUCCUUAACUCUGGUUCUUAUCGUCUAAUUUGCCUAAUCAUUCCCAGCAGUGCACGUGGACUGUGUUUGAAUUGAAAUAAGCAGUCGAGUUUGAUAUUUUUCUAUGUUUCCAGUAACCCUUACAUGAUUUGCAAGAACUGCACAAUUAAAACUUAAGUGCCAUGUUGUCUUUUAAUACAUCGACUAUUGUGAACGUACAGUUUGAUGCAUCGGAGCCAUUCGGCAUGCUGCUGAUGUGUAACAGUUCAAGAGAUUAAAGAUGAUCUGCUCUCGGUUAAUAAACCACAAUAUGACAGCAGUUAUCCUGAAUAUUUUUUAUUCUGCAUUACUGAAAAAAACUGCCAAUUUGGUCCAACUAAAGUCUGACUAAGUCACCUUGAGAGAUUUGUUCUGGUGCAAAACUUGUUAAUGUUUUUUGCGAUUUGCACUAAUGUAUAUUCAUGUGAGACUGUGUGUAUUUGUGUGCAAUCUGUAAAGGUGAUUGUUUUCAGGUAUUAAAAAUAACAAAACAAACAAAAA